AUCCUAAAGUUAAAACACAGAAUCCCUAAAGAAGAUAAGAAGAAAUGCCAUAGAUAAAAACAACCCAUGUUCACUUUUUCUCUCUCUACACAUUGAAAUUCAACAUCAACAGCAAAAAAAAAGUUGAUAAGAAUCCUUUUUCUCUUUCUUUCUUUGUGUGUGUGUCUAGCUAGGGUUUGCAUUUCUUUCACAAUUUUGGUUGUUUCAGUAGGAGAGAAAAGAGGAUCUAAGAGUUAGCCAAGAGAAGAAAUUAGUGAGAAAGUAAAGUAGAAAAAGAUCAUCAGGGGGAAGGAGGGAUGGGUAGAGGAAGAGUUGAGCUGAAGAGGAUAGAGAACAAGAUAAAUAGACAAGUCACUUUUGCAAAGAGGAGAAAUGGAUUGCUCAAAAAAGCUUAUGAACUAUCUGUGCUUUGUGAUGCUGAAGUUGCUCUACUCGUUUUCUCUAAUCGUGGAAAACUCUAUGAAUUCUGCAGCACAAACAAUAUGCUCAAAACACUUGAUAGGUAUCAAAAGUGCAGCUAUGGAACAUUGGAAGUCAAUCGGUCAAUCAAAGAUAAUGAGCAAAGCAGCUAUAGGGAAUACUUGAAACUCAAAGCCAAAUAUGAGUCACUGCAGCGAUAUCAAAGACACCUUCUUGGAGAUGAGUUGGGGCCUCUGACUAUAGAUGAUCUUGAGCAUCUUGAAGUCCAACUAGAUACUUCCCUCAAACACAUUAGGUCCACCAGGACUCAAAUGAUGCUUGACCAGCUCUCUGAUCUUCAAACUAAGGAGAAAUUGUGGAAUGAGGCUAACAAGGUUCUUGAAAGAAAGCAGAUGGAAGAGAUAUAUGCUGAAAACAACCUGCAACAAACAUGGGGAGGUGGUGAGCAAAGUCUCAAUUAUGGUCAGCAGCAACAUCCUCAAUCUCAGGGUUUCUUCCAACCUCUAGAAUGCAACUCUUCCUUGCAAAUUGGGUACGAUCCAAUAACAACUUCAAGCCAAAUAACAGCAGUAACAAAUGCCCAAAACGUGAAUGGUAUGAUACCUGGUUGGAUGCUGUGAAUCAAAAGGUCCUACGCUCCCUUAUCUUCAGCUUUGCAUAAAAGCAUAUGAAGUAGUACUAUAUUUCUAUAAUAAAGGAAAACUUCAGUACCUUUUUGUUCAGCAAAAUGUUAUCGAUAAUACUAAUUAAGGUGAACCAUUUUCUUUGCAUAAAAACAAACCUGUUUGCGUGGAAAUGUUUUAUUUUAUUCAUAUCAUAUUGUGGAUGUUGCUGAAAGAUGA